AGGAAGUUCUUCAGCAUCCGGCACCUGGUUGACAUGAUGUUGCAGAUAUGUCGCGGUAUGAAGUAUUUGGAAAGCAUGUCCAUUGUACACAGGGAUCUUGCGGCCAGGAACAUGCUACUCUUCUCCAAAGGAAUGGUCAAAAUCGGAAAUUUUGGGCAGAGUCGAAUUGUAGGAGGAAAAAGAAGCUGUCAUUCCUCCAGACCAAUCCUGGUCAAGUGGCACCCCCCUGAAGUUUUUGACGGCCUGAGGUUCAGCGCGAAGUCCGAUGUUUGGACGUUUGGUGUGGUGCUGUGGGAGGUCUUGUCGUAUGGAAGUGAGCCAUACCAGGACAUGAACAACAAAGAGUACAUGAAGAGUGUGAGGCAAGGUGGCAGACUACCCAAGCCCGAAGUGUGUCCAGCAUCGGUUCAACGAGUUAUGGAGAGGUGCUGGAUGCUGGAACCUGAGAACCGUCCCUCAUUUGCUGACUUGCUGGAACUUCUAAAACUUUCAUACUGGAAGAUAAUUGAAGAGAAUUACACUUAG